AUGCCCCCUGCCCCUCGCGUCCGAGGCCCAAAGGUCGUCCGCCUGGGUGACAAGCGUGUCGCCACCCAAGCCGAGUGGGACAAGAUCGUCGACAAGGUCGUGGCGGACGGUAGGCGCAAACUGGACGAUACCUCGAUCGAGCAUGCGGCCUCGAGGGUCCGCUUCAAGCUCUUCCCGCCCGAGACGCCCAGGCGGAAGUCUGGCAGCGGGCUGCCUCUCGACGUGAACCUGUCCAAGGCGACCGAGGCCCUGUACCGCUCCGAGCCCAUAUUCCAGCGGUACAAGACCACCUGCAAGCGCUGUAACACCCUCGGCAACGUCCACUGCUUCUUCCUCCCCAAGAGCGAGUACACCGAGUGCGUGCUCUGUUGGGCGAGCGGCAAGCCCCUCCGCUCGCCCCGCCGCGCGCGGAGGGACGCAGUGGACAAGCUCGUCCGCCUGGCGCGGGACCCCGCCAAGGCUGGCAAGAUCCUCAAGGAGUACGAGGACGCCGAGGAGGAGGGGCCGCCGAAGGACCGCGACCUCUGGUUCCGCCGCAAGAAGCCGCAGUGA